AAUCAGUACACUACCAAAGCAAACAAGUAUCAGUGGCUUUAUUAAUAAAAAAUGCUACUACAAACAAUAAACAAAUAUUUUUUGCUGUUUUUUUAGUGCUAUGUGGGGUAACUUAGUGUUUCCCACUAAAGUUUUAUAUUUAUACAUAAAAUGUUAGUUAAUAAAUUAAUUAACGGAUCGAACUCACAUAUUUCUGCUUGCAACGGAGACGAAGUGAAAUUUUAUACGCGAAACACAAAGCCAUACGAAUUCGAAUUAAAUAUUUCGUGAUUGGCAACACUUAUUCGAAGACACAAGAUGGCGACCAUUCGUACUUCGACAAAUGAUUUCUGAAUGGGCAAUUGAAGUCAACGGGAAAAAAAUUUGUGCUGCGUUGGAAAUUUUUUUUUUACAUAUUUAAUUCUAAUAUUUUUAAAUGUAGUGCAAAAUAUAAUAAUAUUUAUAAAAAUUUUAACUUAUUUAAAUAAUUUCAUAAACGUAUUAAGCAAAAUACGCUUUAAUGUUUUAAGUAAUUAUGAAUCAGUUUUUACAAAAAUUUUAAUGGUUACGUAAUCCAAGUUUAUACACCAAAAAUUUCACUAUAAGCUUUGAAACAGUCCAAGCUGGGAUAAUUGGAGUUUUGAAGUAGUUUAAUGAUGGCCCUUGAGCUACAAGAUGAGUCCAUGCAUAGCAUUGGUUCGGAAGAGAAUGAAAUGCCGGAUGCAAACGCUACUGACAGCAGUGGUAGUUCCUCUGGAUCUGAUAGUGACUCGGAUACCUCAUCAUCUUCCUCUGAUUCAAGUGAUGAACAUAGUUCGCCAGAACCACCUGAAGAUAAUGAUCAUUUUAAACAAAUAUAUUCUCACCAGCAACAAAAUAUAGCAGCAGUUGCAACAACAAAUAAUGCAAUAGACGGACUGCCACCAUUAGCUGCUGUUGUGCAUGACGACACAAAAACGAAUGGUUUUUCAGAGGACAAUGACAGUGACAGUGAUUCCGACAGUAAUACAGAUACAAAUGACGAUGAUGAAAGCCAAGAAAGAUCAGUAGCUAAUGGUGCUGAUAGCUCUGUUACAAAUGCCUUACAUAAUACAACGCAUAGUUCAAUUACAUCCGCAACUGAUAUGAAUUCAUCAAAUACUACAAAUGAUGAUAGUGAUAACGAUGAGGAGUCAAAUGAAGACAGCAAUGAAGACAGUGAUAAUGAAGCACAAAAGGAAAGCAAUAAAACAAUACCACAUGGAGUUGUAACAGCGCCAUCAACGUCAUCCUUAUCAGUAAAUGCAACAAAAGAUGAGGAGGAUGAUGAAGAUGAAUCUGAAUCAGCUGAAAGUGCACAAUCUGCUUCUUCUGCAGAAUCUCAGUCUCCCAGCUCUUCCUCAAGUGAAGACGAUGAAGACGACUAUCAACCUAAACGUACCAGAAGACAAAUUAAGAAAUCAUCCCCCGAAAAAUCUAAAAAACCGGCAAAGAAAAAGCGAAAAAAACAAAAUUGGGACUCCGAAGAAAGCGAUCCAAGUGAUGAUAGUGAUAGUUCUACACCUCAAAGACGAAAACCAACAUCCAAGAGUAAACAACAAAAACGAAACAAAAAGAGCUUUUCAAGUGAUGAAAGUGAAGAGGAUAGUAAAAGAUUUGGAACACGGCGUAAUGCUGCAACUGUUAGCUAUAAGGAGGCAUCUGAGGAUGAAAAAACAGAUUCUGAGGAUUUACUUGAAGUUGAAUAUGAUGAAAGUCAAGCAGCAGCUGCUGAAGAGGAAGAAAAAUGUGAAACCAUUGAACGGAUAUUAGCUAAACGGCAGGGUAAAAAAGGUUGUACGGGAGGCCAAACAACUAUUUAUGCAAUAGAAGAGCACGGUGAUCCAAAUGAAGGUGUUGAUGAAAAUGAUUUGGAGAAUACAGAAGUACAAUAUUUAAUUAAAUGGAAAGGAUGGUCGUAUAUUCAUAAUACGUGGGAGUCUAAAAUAUCGUUACGCGAACAAAAAGUUAAAGGCAUGAAGAAAUUAGAUAAUUUUAUUAAAAAAGAACAGGACAUCGAAUAUUGGCGUCGUACUGCUGGACCAGAAGACAUUGAUUAUUUUGAAUGUCAAAUGGAAUUACAAAAUGAUCUCCUAAAAUCAUAUAACAACGUUGAUCGUAUAAUAGCGAGAAAUGACAAGUCGGACGGUACAUGUGAAUACCUUUGCAAAUGGCAAUCACUGCCCUAUUCAGAGGCUACAUGGGAAGAUGUGGGCCUUGUCAUGCGAAAAUGGAAACGAUGUGUUGAUCAAUUCGAUGAUCGAGAACAUUCUAAAUGUACACCAUCUCGACAUUGCAAAGUCUUGCAGCGACGACCAAAAUUCUAUAAAAUCAAAGGACAACCUGAUUUUCUUUGUGAAGGCCUGACAUUGAGAGACUAUCAAAUGGAUGGUUUAAAUUGGUUGUUGCAUUCAUGGUGUAAAGAGAAUUCUGUCAUUUUAGCUGAUGAAAUGGGUUUAGGAAAAACUAUUCAAACAAUUUGCUUUCUUUAUUCACUUUUUAAAGUGCAUAAUUUAUAUGGUCCUUUUCUUUGUGUUGUACCGCUAAGUACGAUGACAGCAUGGCAACGUGAAUUUGAUUUAUGGGCGCCAGACUUGAAUGUUGUUACAUAUUUAGGUGAUGUUAAAUCUCGGGAAAUGAUACGCCAAUAUGAAUGGCAAUUCAAUGGCUCUAAAAGACUGAAAUUUAAUUGCAUUCUCACAACUUACGAAAUUGUGCUUAAGGAUAAAUUAUUUCUUGGCACAUCGCAGUGGGCAGCGCUAUUAGUUGAUGAGGCACAUCGUUUAAAAAAUGAUGAUUCAUUACUUUAUAAGUCUCUAAAAGAAUUCGAUACAAAUCACAGACUGCUCAUUACCGGUACGCCACUACAAAAUUCUCUAAAAGAACUUUGGGCUCUACUUCAUUUUAUUAUGCCUGAUAAGUUUGUGACAUGGGAAGAUUUUGAGGUGGAGCACGGAAACGCAGCGGAUAAAGGCUAUACUAAAUUGCAUCAACAGUUAGAGCCUUAUAUCUUGCGACGAGUAAAAAAAGAUGUGGAGAAAUCGUUACCUGCCAAAGUAGAGCAAAUAUUGCGUGUGGAAAUGACGUCCGUGCAAAAGCAAUAUUAUAAAUGGAUUUUAACAAAAAAUUUCGAUGCAUUGCGUAAGGGUACAAAGGGAUCAACAUCAACUUUUUUGAACAUCGUUAUUGAAUUAAAAAAAUGCUGUAAUCAUGCAGCACUUAUACGUCCAACGGAAUUUGAUCUAUUAGGUAUGCAACAAGAUGAGGCUUUACAAACUUUACUUAAGGGCUCAGGAAAACUAGUGUUACUUGAUAAACUUUUAUGCAGACUAAAGGAAACAGGACAUCGUGUCUUGAUUUUUUCGCAAAUGGUGCGUAUGCUUGAUAUUUUAGCGGAUUACUUGCAAAAAAGACACUUUCCAUUUCAACGUUUGGAUGGUAGUAUAAAAGGUGAAAUGCGAAGACAGGCUUUGGAUCAUUUUAAUGCGGAAGGUAGUCAAGAUUUUUGCUUUCUAUUGUCAACGCGUGCUGGUGGCUUGGGUAUCAAUUUAGCGACCGCCGAUACGGUUAUCAUUUUUGAUUCAGAUUGGAAUCCACAGAACGAUUUGCAAGCUCAAGCGAGAGCACAUCGUAUCGGUCAAAAAAAUCAGGUUAAUAUAUAUCGGUUAGUGACAGCACGUUCAGUCGAAGAACAAAUAGUUGAGCGUGCGAAACAGAAAAUGGUGUUGGAUCAUUUAGUUAUACAACGUAUGGAUACCACUGGUCGUACCGUUUUAGAUAAAAGUGGAGGUGGUUCAUCUAACACGACACCAUUUAAUAAAGAUGAUUUAUCUGCAAUUUUAAAAUUCGGUGCUGAAGAAUUGUUUAAGGAUGAACAAGAAAAUGAUGACGAACUAGUGUGCGAUAUCGAUGAAAUACUACGUCGUGCGGAAACAAGAAACGAAGACCCUGAAAUGCCUGGCGAUGAUCUUCUUUCAGCAUUUAAGGUUGCAAGUAUUGUUGCAUUUGAAGAAGAUCCUGGUGACACAACAAAAGACAAUGAAACAGCUGGUGCUGAAGAAGAAGACACAAAAGAUUGGGAUGAUAUUAUACCUGAAAACUUUCGCAAAAUUGUUGAAAAUCAGGAGCGUGCCAAAGAAAUGGAAGAUUUAUACUUACCUCCACGUAGAAAAACUGCAACAACAAGUCAAUCAACUAAAGGUGCAAAGAAAGCCCAACAACAACCUGAUUCAGGUGCUGACUCUGAUUAUGAAAUUGGAUCUGAUGGAAGUGGAGAUGAUGGUCGACCGAAAAAACGUGGUCGACCUGCCAUGAAAGAGAAAAUAAAUGGCUUUACUGAUGGUGAAAUCAGACGUUUCAUUAAAUCGUAUAAAAAGUUCCCUGCACCGUUAAUGCGUUUAGAAGCCAUUGCCUGUGAUGCUGAGUUGCAAGAAAAGCCUUUAUCAGAAUUAAAAAGAAUUGGUGAAAUGUUGCAUGCACGAUGUGUACAAUUUCUUGAAGAGCACAAAGAGGAAGCUAUUGCUACUCCAAAAACCGGUAAUGUUGAUGAAAAGAAACAGAGACGAAGCCGUGCGACGUUUUCAAUUAAGCUUGGUGGAGUUUCUUUCAAUGCAAAAACAUUAUUAUCCUGCGAAGAAGAACUUACUCCUUUAAACGAAAUAAUGCCAAGUGCAGCAAAUGACCGACUUAAUUGGUCUUUAAAUAUAAAAACACGUCCUGCGAAUUUCGAUAUAGACUGGGGAGUUGACGAAGAUUCAAAACUACUUUGCGGUAUAUACCAAUACGGUAUAGGUUCUUGGGAACAAAUGAAAAUUGACCCGACGUUACACCUUACAGAAAAAAUACUCUUUAACGACGAUCGCAAACCUCAAGCUAAGCAUUUACAAUCUCGGGCAGAAUAUUUAUUAAAAAUUAUUAAAAAGAACGUUGAACUCAAAAAAGGAACACCAAGAAAAACACGUAAACCUCGUAAAGCUAAAGAGAAAGCUACUGUCACAACACCUCCAACACCAGAAAGUAAACCGAAAACUGUAUCUGAAUCACAUGGUGAUGAAAACUCACAACCUGCCGAUGUAGAACGAGCUGAUCGUAAAACGAGAAAUCGUGACACUUUGCCGAAGCCCGAUAUGGAGCACGAUCCUAUAUCAAAUGAUGCAGAUACAUCUGUAAAGAAAAAAUCCAAACGAAGCAGCGCUGCCAAAGAAACUAAUACUGAUAAACACAAGAAACCGAAGAAAAUAAGUACUUCGGAUACAACAAAUAAACCAAUGCAUUUUACAGCGAAUAACGAACCACGAGCGCUGGAAGUCUUGGGAGACUUAGAUCCAAAUAUAUUUAAUGAAUGUAAGGAGAAAAUGCGACCUGUGAAAAAGGCUUUAAAAGCAUUAGAUAAGCCCGAUUCUACAUUAUCAAAUCAAGAGCAAGUAAAACAUACCCGCGAAUGUUUGCUUUCAAUCGGUAAACAAAUUGACAACUGUCUAUUAGCUUAUAAAGAUCCUGAGAAGAAAGAAUGGCGGAGUAAUUUAUGGUACUUCGUUUCAAAGUUCACUGAAUUCGAUGCAAAAAAGCUAUUUAAGCUUUAUAAGCAUACAUUGAAAUUAAGUGAAGAAUCAGGUUCAGGUUCAGGUUCCUUAAAAGCAAAUUCCAAAGUAGUUCCACAGACUCCAGUAAAAAAAGUAAAAAGCGAAAGAAAAGUGCAAGAAAACGGUUUAGUAACAACAGAAAAAGAUAAAAUUGUAAAGAAAAAGAAAAAAGAGAAAGAUAGAGAAAAGGAUAAACAUAAUAGAUUAGAUCAUGAAAGAGAAAGAACUAGAGAGAAAACUGAAAGAUAUAGUGGAUAUGACAAAGCAAAGCAGAACGUAAUGGCCGAAUCACCAACAAAGCGAAAGCGUGAAGAGACUGAUGUAGGUGGCGGGAAUGCAAGUGGCAGCAUGAUUGGCUCUGAACAAAAAUCAUCGUACAAACGUGUAAAUAUGGAUAAUAAUAGAAAUCGUGAUCGAAAUGGUAGUUAUGCAGCAGGCGCGGGUGAUAGACGUGGUGAAAAUCGUGAGGAUGGUCGUAAUAUGUCUGCCUUUGCUGAUGGAAGCGACCGUUGGGGACAUGGACGUUACCGCGGUUAUGGUGGUGGAUCCUCCGAUUAUAAACGCGAUCGUUACGACAAUUACAAUAAUCGUGCCAGUAGCGGAUCUAACUUUCACCGCGAUCGCGAUAGAGACCGGCGACCACCAGAUAAACGAAGAUAUGCGCAAGGCAUUCCGCCUCCAAUGGGUUAUCCCAGCCAUUAUAUGCCUCCAGGUUACUAUAUGACCAACGGUAUGUUACCGCCAAGUCCUGCAUUACCACACGGAGGAUAUCGAGACCAACGUUAUCCUCACUCUGCCGAUUGGGUACCGCCAAGAGAUAAUCGUAUGGACUAUGCUAAUGAGUAUAGAAGAGAUUAUGAUCGACGCCAAACUUCUUUUUGGUUCUGAUCAAAAUAUGAAUGGUUUGCGUGCAAACAUAAUAUGAAGUAAGGGGAGAAUAUGAUAUAUAACAAGCAAGGCAAAACACAAAAAUCAAUAACCAUAAAGUUCAAUCAAGAAUUAUCUAUUUACUACAUACAAAUACGUACAUUUUAAUCUUCUAUUUAUUAAAUAAUUCCAACGUGAACUUUAAUAUAAGCGAAAUUCAUAUAACUCCGAUCAUAUGAAUAAAUAUUAUAGGCCCCAUUAAAUAUACAAGCAGCAUACACAAAAUUUUUUACUUAUUGUAACUUCAAUACUUGAUUUAAAUUUAUUAAGUACCAGAUACAUUAUUUUUUAGUAGUUAACUACAAUUAUUUAAAUAAAAAUAACGAAUAUGUUCUUAGGCAUGAUGCCAAUUAAAACCAAACUCAAUAAUGUAUAAUUCUAUUAUAUACAUAUAUUUAAUAAAUUUAUGAGGUCGUACAAUAUAUACGUAUAUAUUAUGAUUCACUUAUUAAUCAAAAAAAAAAACACAACGACGUACUUCGUGAACAAAUAUCCGACCAAUCUAGGUACUUUGAUUAUACGUGUACAAGCAUAAUGACCCGCAUAAAUGACAACCACAAUGGUAUCUAAAUUUCCAUAGAGUUUAAGUGGUUACUGAGUGUGGUUUUUCAUUUGGUGGCUGAAUCUUCAGUCACCUGCGCGGGACAUAAGUCAAAAAAAUUUAUAGAUAUUUAUAUGCCAUACUUUGAUUUGACUCAAACUGCUUAACAAAGCAAAUAAGCAGUUCUGAAUACAAACGUAAUGCUAUCACAAACUGCUCGUAUGUAAUAUGGAGCCUAUAAGGGUUUUCGUGAUUUUGCUGCCUGCCUGAGAGUGUUGAACCGUUAAAAGUAUUUGAAUUAUUUAAUUGCAGUUAACCUGAAUUUUAUUGAAUUUAAAGGUGUUGUAACACAUUAAUUAUCUCCAAAACAAUUUUUUUUCAUUGAAAUAAUUUCCAAAUCAAUCAUUAUCAUAAUCAAUCAAAUCAAAUUAAGAACCAAAUUUCUGUAUAUGAAUAUGAAGUUGAAGAAGAGAAAUAUUUUUUUAUUGAAAUGAAAACUAUUUAUAUUUUAUAAAUUGAAAUCAUUUAAAACAUAAACUUUAUAUUUGUUCGAUAAUCUUGAAAAUGUCCACUUUAACGGAUUUGUGUCGUGUAAUAUGAUAAAGUGAUUAUAUUAUAUAUAUAUAUAUAUUAUAUAUAUGUAUAUAUAUUACACGAUAAGGUUGCAAACAGUCUACGACAAAUAUAUCGUUUAUGAGAAAUCCCAUAUAAUACUGCCUACGGAUAUGCGUAUAUAAAUAAAAAAAAUAGCAAACUAUGAAACUCGUUAAACGCGGGUAAUGCGCAUUUACCAUUGCAACAAAAAAAUUAAAAAAAUUAAAACAAAGCAAAUACACACAUGAAUUCACU